AUCCCACGAUGGGUGGAUGGAAGCUGGAGGUCUUCAAGAUGGGCAUGUACAUGACCUUCCCGGUCGGCCUCUUCUGGUACUUCAACCAGCCGGAGUACUUUGAGAAGUGGGUGAUACAGACGAAGCAGCAGCUCUACCCACCAUCUACCAAAACCCACCGAGACGAACUGGAGACCUUCAAAAAGGAGUAUCACCAUAAAAAGACAGAAGAAUUCGAAAAGCAGUUGUUGGAGGCAGAGAAGCACUAAACGCGCAUUUAGUGCUGGCUUAUUUUGUACAUAACUGUUUGAGCCUGUUAGCGAUCCGCAGCCGGCACGUGACGACUGCGGAUUUCACAACGACGUAAGACGUGCGACGUUGUGUAGGGCACGGUAUCGGCUGGAAUAUUCAGUGGAGGGUCGCGGAUUGCUCCGCGGAAGCCGGGGAGCGGUGUGACGGCGCCGUGCCGUUUGCUGCGCGAUCAAAUUGACGUGUUUGCAUUUUCGUCAUCCUGUCGCACGCUCUCAGAACGGAAGGUUAUCAUCUGUGCCGUCACGCCCCCCCCCCCCCCCCCCCUCCUUCCCAGCCCCGUACGUUCUCUCCGAACUGACGAGGGCGGGAGAGGGGGAGGGGAUGGGUGGCGCGUGUUGGUUCCGUCGAGGUGUGAAUGCGGGGUUCGAUAACUGCCCGUCAUCCCACCGGGUCAUGCCUCAUGUUGUGCCAUUGACGCACGGCAGCGUCACGCAGCCUCGCGUCACGUGACACGUCAUGUAUGACGCGACGCCGCAGGGCAGACCUGACAGGGACGACUCACCUUCUCCGGCGUGACGAAACUGGUUGGCUCCCGGAUAUUCCCGCUCCAUGCUAUUGUCUCGGAAACGCGUAUCAAUAGCGGAACGCGCCCGAUUGGCUGGGCGGGAAGUAAUGGAGCUGGCGGCGCUGCGCAGGAGGGAAUCCCGCUGCACCGUAGAGCGUGAUGACGUGCGGCGUCUAGCGGCGCAGCUGUGAAUGUGUGCCGACGUUGAUGGAUGUAUGUGGAUGUUCGCAGUGCAGACUCCGAUGGCCAUGGUGGUGCAUACGGUUCCCGCGUGUGUGACGCACUUUUGCGUAGCUAGAAAUGUUGCCUUGGAAUUCGAAUUUCGCCAUUGGAAGAUCCUGUGGCGUCCAACAUCCAACCCCGGAGAGGCAUCGGUGCGCAUACGUAGUCUGGUAUGCCGGCUGUGUGCUGCUUUUUGUGGUUGCAGUCGGAGCGUGCCGUUGCUGACCCGCCGGGGAAAUGCGUGGUUGUAAUACUGUCCGAAAUAUAUACUAGUUACGGACUGGAA